AUGUUUUCCCGCCAUGACUCUCAACCCCGUCAGACCCUGAUAACCUCUUUCGUCGCCUGGAAGGCCCUCCUGCUGGCUAUCGCCCUCGGCAGCGCUGUGGCGCCAUCUUACGAUACCUCGACGACUUUGAUGCUCCAGCGCAAUGAGUCUGACAUCUCCAUCGUCACCCGCUUGACGCGCUGGGACGCUCUCUACUUCACCCAAUCCGCCAGACGUGGCUACGUGUACGAGCAGGAGUGGGCUUUCAACGCAGGUCUGCCAAUUGUCGUCUCCGGCCUGGUCCGGCUUACGCGCCUACUUGGCUUCGAGGGUGAUGGGACCGGUGCAUUGGAGGCUGCCUUCAGCAUCGUGGUCGCUCAUGUAGCCCAUCUGUUGGCUGCACUCAUGCUGUAUGAGUUGACCCUCAAGCUCUUCUCUCGACCUCGAUUGGCAUUCCUGUCUGCCCUGCUCCACAUAUUGUCUCCGGCUGGCCUAUUCCUCUCGGCACCCUACGCAGAGAGUCUUUGCGCCUUCUUCUCAUUCGCCGGCUACUACGUCCUCGCAUCUGCCUCGAACUCUUCCAAGGGUUCAUUUUCCUGGGUCACAGCUCAGAUCCUGGCCGGCGCCAUCUUUGGUCUCGCGACGGCCUCUCGGUCAAACGGCCUCUUGAACGGCCUCCCCUUCGCCGUCGAGUGUCUAAUCAGCCUUCCCCCACUACUGGCCAGCCCUACGAGCUUGAGAAACAUUGCGGCUCUGUUGGCUUCUGUCACAGGCGGGCUCCUCGUGGCAACGGGCUCCGUCGUGCCACAAGCGCUUGCCUGGUUGCGAUACUGUUCCGGCGCAUCCGAGGCGCGCGCAUGGUGUGGGCGGACCGUGCCCAGCAUCUACUCCUUUGUACAGGAACAUUACUGGGGCGUUGGCUUGUUCCGGUAUUGGACGCUAUCGAACGUUCCUCUGUUCAUUCUUGCCGCGCCGGUGCUGGGACUGCUCAUGGUGUCCGGGUGGGAGGUCGUCAACAGGUCUUCGGGGUUGGCGCGGAGUCCGACGGCGGAGAAGCAGCAAGGGCAGAGUGGCACGACGUCGGUUUUGGUAGGUUGCAUGGCCGCUGCCCAACUCCUGCUUGCCGCCUUGGCGAUCACGACGUACCAUGUCCAGAUCAUCACCAGGAUCGCGUCCGGGUAUGCGGUGUGGUACUGGUGGGUUGCCGGCUGUCUGCUGGACGACGGUGCCGACGGCAAGAGACGGGACGUUGGCGGCAAAGUUGUCAUCUUUUCGGUAAUGUACGCCAUGAUUCAGGGUGUGUUGUUUGCGUCCUUCCUUCCUCCUGCUUGA